CGUACUGUGUAGGUCAGUACUGCAGUGGGAUGGAAGGAGCAACUGAAUUGGUACAGUAGCACCUGCCUGGGCCAAACGGUUUGGAAGGUUCUGUCCUUUUAAGUCCUCCCCAGGCUCCAAUCGAACUCAAGUCACUCGUUGCACCUUCUCGUUUUCAGUUUUCAGCGUGCUUCCUUCCUCGUGGUUGUGUCAUCAUAGGGAUUUAUUCCCACAACCCUGCUUUUCGAUGUGGUUGAACAAUCAACCAAAUAUCCCACAACCCUUCUUUUGACGUGGUUGAACAGCCGACCAAGUCCAUUCAUUUUCUCUUCAUUUCACAUACAUCCCUUCCUUCGAUCAGAUUUUCGUCAGGAAGUGUUCUCUCCGCAUACGACAACCUCAAAAUGAAGUUGACCCUUCUCUUUGCCUCGGUGGCUUUGGCUGCUGCCGUCCCGCGAGUCGUCCAAGUCCAUCCUUCCGACAUCAAGGUCCGAAAUGUCGGCGGAUUGAGCUUCAAAUUGACUCAGGUGCACAAUGACAUGUACAGGCAGCACGGCAAGGGCCCGAGAGCACUCGCCAAGGUUUACCAGAAAUACGGCCUUGAGAUGCCUGCCACCCUGCGCGCUGUAGUGAGCCAGAUCCUCCUGGAGAUGGGUGUCGAACUCCCGCACAAACUCCACGAUGGCCCCCACCACCACAUCGGUGGCGCUCCCUAUACCAAUGAGACAGACGACGAGGGCGAGGUUGCCGCCAUCCCUCAACUCUUCGAUAUCGAGUAUCUGGCUCCCGUCCAGAUUGGCACGCCGCCUCAGACGCUGAACCUCAACUUCGAUACUGGUUCGUCUGACUUGUGGGUGUUCAGCAGCGAGACGCCGAAGAGCCAGCUUGGCGGCCAGGCGAUCUAUCGGCCUGAGGAGAGUUCUACCUCUCGGAAGCUCGAGAACCACACCUGGGCUAUUUCGUACGGAGAUGGCAGUCGCUCCAGUGGUAACGUGUACACGGAUUUAGUCAGCAUCGGUGGUGUAAACGUCUUCAAUCAAGCCGUCGAGUCGGCCACCCAGGUCUCGCUCGCUUUCACCAACGACGCGGCAUCCUCGGGCCUUCUCGGCUUGGCUUUCGAUUCGAUUAACACCGUUCGCCCAAACAAGCAACGAACGUUCAUCACCAACGCAUUGGAGUCGCUCGAGAUGCCAAUUUUCUCGGCAAACCUGAAUAAGGCUGAGCCGGGUAACUAUAACUUUGGUUUCCUCGACGAGACCGAGUUCGUCGGACCGCUCUCAUUUGUCGAUGUUAACUCCACCGACGGUUUCUGGCAGUUCACGGCCACGGGCUUCAGCAUCGGCUCCGGUAACAACUCUUCGAUCCUCGUCCCUGUCACCCACUCAGCGAUCGCCGACACGGGCACCACCCUGCUCAUGGUCCCUUCGGCCAUCACUCAAGCGUACUACCGGCAGGUACCCGGGGCCAAGACAUCGCCCCAGGCAGGCGGCUAUGUCUUCUUUUGCAAUGCCACGCUGCCGGAUCUGACGCUUCACAUUGGCACUUACAAAGCGGUGAUCCCCGGCGAUCUGAUCAAAUUCGCGCCGGUGGAUACGGACACGUUUGACACGGCGACGGUGUGCUACGGGGGCCUCCAGAGCUCGUCAGGCUUUCCGUUCGCAAUUUACGGAGAUGUUUUCUUCAAGGCGCAGUUUACCGUAUUUGAUUUGGAGGCUAAGAGAUUGGGAUUUGCGCCAAAGGCGAAAUGUUAAGGGUUAUGAGCUUGGACCUAAGUUGGGGUCGGAGGUUAGAGAUGGCUGUGAAGAAUUA